AGCUCCAUCAUGCUCACACCUCACACGUUGACGAACAGCCGGUGUUUACGCUGGAUCUUCCGCCGAUUUGUUUGAGAUAAAUUUCAUCAUCACAUCGUUUAAUUUUUAGCAACAGCAAAAAUGUCCAGCGAUAUCCCAACGGAAACCCGCAGGUUAAAUAAAGUGGAACAUGAAAUUCGAAUGCUGCAAAAAGAUAUGGAUGAUGCCCGUAAUAAUGUUGGGUUAGGAGAAAAUAAUCCGGAGCUAGAGAAACUGCAAGUGGAGAACAUGAAAUUAAAACAUCGUUUGAUUAUAUUGAAUAAGGCAAUUGCACUGGAACAAGGCAACGCAUCCGGUGCCAGGUUUCCAACGGCAUCCGGCGAAGUUGCAUCCAUUUUGGACCAUCUAGCUGAUCUGUUCACGCAUGCUAUCGCAGCAGCAUUUCCCCAGGUGUGCCAGGAUGUUCCGGCGGUAAUAACCGUUUCCAGUGCGGCCAAGUUCGGCGAUUACCAGUGCAACAGUGCUAUGCAGAUUGUGCAAAAGUUAAAGGCUCUGGACGUUAAAACGAAUCCUCGAGAUGUGGCCAGCCAACUGAUGGCUGCAUUGCCUCGGUCAGAUGCGAUAAGCAAGGUGGAAGUAGCCGGGGCGGGGUUUGUCAAUGUGUUCUUGGAUAAGAAAUUUGGUGCCCACGCCGUUAUGGCAAUUUUAAAAGGGGGCGUGCAGCCACCUCGAUUCGAGAAAAAGCGAGUAAUUGUCGACUUUUCGUCACCAAACAUUGCAAAAGAGAUGCAUGUCGGACAUUUGCGUUCGACCAUCAUUGGAGAUUCGAUUUGCCGGUUCUUGGAAUUUCUGGGACAUGAUGUUCUGAGGUUGAACCACGUCGGUGACUGGGGUACUCAAUUUGGAAUGCUGAUUGCUCAUCUGCAGGAUCGAUUCCCAAAUUAUCUGCAGGUUUCUCCGCCAAUCAGUGAUCUCCAAGGAUUCUACAAAGAAAGCAAAACGAGGUUUGAUUCCGACGAGGAAUUUAAGAAGCGUGCCUAUGCAUGUGUCGUAAAACUGCAAAGUGGCGACGGCGAUUCCAUGAAAGCUUGGAAAUUGAUCUGCGACGUAUCCAGGAAGGAAUUCCAAAAGGUGUAUGACCGACUGGAUGUCAAGCUAAUCGAACGAGGUGAAUCGUUUUAUCAGAAACGAAUGGAAGCCAUCGUGAAAGAGUUGGCAAGUGCCAGUUUUUUGGAGGAAGAUGAUGGCCGUAAGAUUAUGUGGGGCGAGAAUCGUGACGGUAUUCCGCUGACCAUUAUCAAAUCCGACGGCGGUUUCACCUACGAUACGUCGGAUAUGGCCGCAAUCAAACAACGUUUGCACGAAGAAAAAGGAGAUUGGUUGGUGUAUGUGACGGAUGCGGGUCAAGCAACGCAUUUUCAAACAAUAUUCUCUUGCGCACGACGAGCCAAAAUUCUAGACCCCAAUGCUCACCGCGUAGACCACGUCGGAUUUGGCGUAGUGCUGGGCGAGGACGGCAAGAAAUUCAAAACCCGAUCCGGGGACACCGUUAAACUGACCGAACUUUUGGACGAAGGUUUGAAACGAUCGUUGGACAAGUUGCUUGAGAAAGAACGUGAUAAGGUGCUCUCAUCGGAAGAACUCAAACAAGCACAGGAAUCCGUUGCGUACGGUUGUAUUAAGUAUGCUGAUCUUUCCCAUAACAGGAACAACGAAUACAUUUUCUCUUUCGAUAAGAUGCUGGAGGACAAGGGUAAUACAGCAGUCUAUUUGCUGUACGCAUACACCCGCAUACGUUCCAUCGCUCGCAACUGUGGAGGAGACUUUGCCAAUAACAUCGAGAAGGUAAUCGACACUACCGAACUAACACUGGAGCAUGAGAAGGAAUGGAAGCUGGCGAAGGUGCUGUUGAAGUUCACCGAUGUCAUAAAACUGAUCUCCAAAAACCUCUGCCUGCAUCACCUGUGCGAGUUUGUCUACGAGGUUAGCACGACGUUCACUGAAUUCUACGACAGCUGUUACUGCAUUGAAAAGAACAAACAGGGGGAAAUUGUGAAGAUCAAUGCUGGACGUGUGUUACUUUGUGAAGCAACCUCCAGGGUCCUUGGCAAGUGCUUCGAUAUUCUUGGGUUGAAGCCAUUACAUAAAAUUUAAAUUAUGUUUUGUAUCGCUGAAUAGAUACAUGGAAAUGUUUCACAUUAUUUCAAUAAACUUUGAAAUUGUUUGUGCCAGAAAUACUAAAA